AUGAUCAAUGAGAAGCUCCACUGGGGUUGGGAUGGCUGCAGCACCAGGGAGGUGUCUACGGUUGAAGUAUCUCCUAAACGCCACUUCAGCGACACUGCUCGACUAUUUCGAUCGAUAUACAGUGGAGGUAGAAUCCGUAAAAUCAAAGAAGACCAUAAAAUCGAAGGAAUGAUCAAUGAGAAGCUCCACUGGGGUUGGGAUGGCUGCAGCACCAGGGAGAUGUCUACGGUUGAAAUAUCUCCUAAACGCCACUUCAGCGACACUGCUCGACUAUUUCGAUCGAUAUACAGUGGAGGUAGAAUCCGUAAAAUCAAAGAAGACCAUAAAAUCGAAGGAAUGAUCAAUGAGAAGCUCCACUAG